GGUCCGUUCGAAUCGGCCUUUUUCCCGAUUAAGAGUAACCGCGUUCAGGGAUCCAUUGACCACGUUUUGGUUGUUUUGGCGUGUAUCGUUCUGGAAGUGUUUUGUGGGGCGUCGCGCGUGUUUUGUUGCCAACCCUGCCCUCAGGGAUCGGAUCAUCGCGGAUGCACGCGUUCGUUUUGGGGGAGCAAGCAGAGCACAGGAGUGUGCACGUGAGUGAGCAGCAGAGCGGUGUGACAAUAAUCGUAAUCAUUAUCAUAACUUGUACUGAUUUGUGUUUGUGAAGCGUGUGGUGCAGUGUGAUUGCCUGCGCUGCCCUAGUGGGAUAUCGUAUACUAAAUAUAUACAGAGUGUGGUGGCCAUUCACCGAAAACGAUCUUGCGAUUUACUGCAGCAGUACCAAUAUAGAGAAGGAUCUUAUCGCGCGAUUUCCGUUUGCAUGUUCUACGGUCUUUUCCUCGGAUCGGAGAUCGGCGUGACUGAGCGCUUCGACUAAAGAAGUGUGGUUGUGGGGCUUAAGAGAUCGUGAGAAAGCCAGCCACAAGAAAUCGCGCAUCGAGUGCCGUCGGCUAUUUGUUCGUUCCGCGGCGCAUUAAGUGGCAGGUGUCCUCUCGUGGGCCAAAUUGCGGCAAUUGUCCACGUUUGAGGCGUGAAAAUUGCAGACCCAAAGCUUGUCAUCAGCCUCCGAUCGUCAGAAGGAGACAAAGGGGGUUUAAAAUUGGUUCAGCUUUCCCGGAAAAUUUGCGCCCCAUCUCGACGCUAAUGACUAGUGAUAAGUGAGUGAUUUUCGGCGGCCGAGAGCAACCUCCCUAAAGUGUUCGGAAUAAUCGCGCAAAAACCACCGGUAAUUGUCGGGUUUGCUCGGGACUCCCAGCAAGAAGAGACCCCGAAUCUGCAUACAACCCGCAAGAAGAGUGCGGAAAGCGAAAAGGGGACCGAAUCGAAUGCGACCGGGAAUUUCGGGUGGGCAAUAAAAAUGAUAAUACAUCUCGGGUCGGUCAGCGGGAACCGCUCAUUAGAGGCCAAGUGACGACAGUUGGGCCGCAGCAGCAGCAGCCGAGUAACAAGUGAUUUCUCAAAUUAUCAUUUCCAACAAGCACCCGAAUUUUUAAUUGAAGAGCAUUGAGCCACCGAGAAAAAAAACCGACCAACAAAUGGGGGAGGUUCCCAUCAGUGCCGCAAAAGUGUGAAGUGAUUCCGAAAUGAGCAUGGGAAGAAUUUCCGAGAAAAAAAGAGGCAAUAAAUGAAACAGCAGCAGCAGAAAAAAAUCCAGUGAAUAUUUAGAAACCCCGAAUUUUGUGUGUGAAAGAAUGAAUCAAAAUAUUGCUAGUCGAAGGUGGAAAUUAAAAACAAGUGAUGAAUAUUGAUACCGAAAUUGGCAUUGUUUUUGGUGUUGUUGUUGCUGCUGGCAGAAGUGGCAGAAUUUGGAACGACAACGACGUUCAGGGAAUAACGUCGAAGUGGAAGACGAAUAUCAGCACCACCACCACCACCACGAAGAAGAAGAAAAAGUCGGUUAUUGUUCGGUGUCACUGGCGGUAGCGCGCGCGCAAACGCUCAACGAAACGGAACCAACGGGUGUUUCUGGAGCAACAAGUGGCCGUGGGAAUUUUCGUGGUUCUUUUUUUUGUUGUAUGGUUGACCACCUUCUGCGUUUCCUUUGAAGGGAAAAGAGCGCGCGGGUGUGGAGUUUCUAAAAAAAAAGUUUGAACCGGGCCCGAGUUACUAGGAAGAAUAGAAUAUAAAAAAUGGCCUCUAGGACAGUGUGCACGUGGACGACAGGAGCUGUCGUCAGUUUUGUACUGCUUUCGACUGUGAUCUCAACGGUAUCCUCCUCCGGCUUCUUCGAGAUGCAAAUUCUGGAGAUUGCCAACACAAACAGUCACCUGCUGUCCGGAUAUUGCUGCGGCAUGCCGACGGGGAAGCAGCAACUCCAGACGACCGGAUGUCCGGCAUGUGUGACGGCAUUUCGGUUGUGCCUGAAGGAGUACCAGGGCACGACGUCGGCUUCUGGGCAGCUGAAGCAGAAGCAGCAACAGCAACAACAGCAGCAGCAGCUGCUGGAACCAAGUUCCGAUUCGACGUCGUCGUCGUCAUCCGCCAUGUAUGGGUGUGCCUUCGGGAAUGCCAGCACCCCGGUCCUCGGCGGGUCAAGUUUUGUGCUGUCUGAUUCGGAAGUCGGCCGGGUGACGCUUCCCUUCACGUUCCGGUGGACGAAAUCGUUCACGCUUAUUCUGCAGGCGCUGGACAUGUACAACGAGUCGUACCCAAUUGUGGAACGACUCAUCGAGGAGACAUCUUUCUCCGGCGUUAUUCUGCCGUCCCACGAGUGGAAUACGCUGGAUCAUACCGGAAAGAACGCCCGGAUCACAUACAGGGUUCGGGUGCAGUGCGCAGAUAACUAUUACAACACCACUUGUACGACGUUCUGCCGGCCCCGGAACGAUCAAUUCGGCCACUACACCUGCGGGGAGCAGGGAAACAAGGUGUGUCUUCCGGGCUGGCAGGGCGCCAACUGCGAGAAAGCCAUCUGUAAGCCAGGAUGUGAUCAAAUUCAUGGCAAAUGCGACCAGCCGGGGGAAUGCGAAUGUCGACCCGGCUGGCGGGGUCCGCUGUGCAACGAGUGCAUGGUCUAUCCGGGCUGCCGGCACGGUUCCUGCAACGGCAGCGCCUGGCAGUGCAUCUGUGAUACCAACUGGGGCGGGAUUCUGUGCGAUCAAGAUCUCAACUACUGUGGAACGCACGAACCCUGCAUGCACGGCGGAACCUGUGAGAACACCGCUCCGGAUCAGUACCGGUGCACCUGUGCCGAAGGUCUAUCCGGAACACGGUGUGAAAUCGUUGAACACCCCUGUGCUCCGCAGCCCUGCCGGAACGGGGGCACCUGCACCCUGACCGCUGGGUCUGGUUCGGGCGCUUCGGCAGCCGCGGCAGAUGGUGCCAGUUCCGAGGAUCGUUCCGAAAGUACGACGCUGCUGCCGAUGUUUGUGAGGGGGAUGCGAGGCAUGAGCUCGAUGGGAAAACCUUUUGGGCGAAGUGCCGCCGGGAGUGAUUCCGCGAUUUCCGGCAGCCCCAAGGAGCUGAUGUCGGCUCUGGGGAGAAGCCAUCCGCUGGUGCCGUCCGCGCAACCCAUCAAGGACUUUGUGUGCAGCUGCGCGCCCGGAUGGACCGGGCCGACCUGUGAAAUAAAUAUUGACGAAUGUGCCGAGGGUCCCUGCGAAAACGGAGGAACCUGCAUCGAUAUGGUUGGUCGGUUCCGUUGCGAGUGUCCACCCCAGUGGACCGGCGAAGCUUGCAGCAUUGAUGUCGACGAAUGUGAGUCCAACGUAGCCUCCGGGCUAGGGCCCUGCAUCAAUGCCAAAUCCUGCCGGAAUCUGCCUGGUUCGUUCCAGUGUAGCUGCCUGGAGGGCUGGGGUGGUCCAACCUGUGUCCAGAAUUUGGACGACUGCGUGGGCAAGUGCAAAAAUGGGGCCACCUGCAUCGAUCGGGUCAACGACUACCACUGCGCCUGUGCCGUCGGAUAUACCGGUCGCGACUGCAGUACCGAUAUUAACGAGUGUGCCAACGUUCCCUGCCGGAAUGGGGGCGAAUGUGUCGAUCUGAUUGGGAACUUCAAAUGCAUCUGCCCGCUCGGAUACUCGGGAACGCUGUGUGAGGAGGCAAAGGACCACUGCACUUCAUCACCCUGCAUCGAAGGGCGCUGUUUGAACACCCCCGGGAGCUACUACUGUCACUGUCCGCCGGGUCGAGCCGGGAGACAUUGCGAAUUCUUGAGGACUCCGUGCGACUCGCCACCCUGUUCCAAUGACGGCUGUACAAUGCCGAUGACAAAUGAAACUUCGGCGGCAAUCUCCGGAUCCUCCCCGUCCGCGGCGGCAUCAGCAGCCGCAGCCAUGUUGACCCCGUGCAGUGGCCGUGGGAAGUGUGAAACCGGCUCGCUCGGCUCGAGCUGUAUCUGUCAGGCCGGUUUCACCGGGACCUUCUGCCAGUAUAAUGUCAACGAGUGUAUCUCGAACCCGUGCAAAAACAAUGGCAUUUGCAUCGACGGGGAUGCGGACUAUAGCUGCGAGUGUCCUCCGGGCUGGACCGGCAAGAACUGUGCCGAUCGGGCCGUCCAGUGUCUGCCCGGCCAAUGUCUCAAUGGAGGAAGCUGUGUGGUGUCUCCGAUUUCCAGGAUAUCCCAGUGCCGAUGUUCACAGGGGUGGGGUGGAUCAUUUUGCAACGAGCCGGUGGACCAAUGCCAGGGACAGCCCUGUCACAACGGUGGGACCUGUGAGUCGGGACCCGGCUGGUUCCGGUGUCUUUGUGCCCGAGGAUUUUCCGGUCCGGACUGUCGGAUCAACGUCAACGAAUGCUCACCGCAACCCUGUCUAGGGGGAGCUACCUGCCGGGAUGGGAUAGGUGGUUUCACGUGUUUAUGUCCGGUUGGGCGAAGGGGCGUCCGCUGUGAAAUUCUUCUAUCGGACCCGCGUUCGGUGUGUUCGAAUACUACCACCAAUUCUCCGUACGAUCCACUGAUCAACCAGGACACGCCCAGCACCGUUCCUGCGGUGAUGGACGAAAGCAACUGCAACUCGUGCGUUUGCGCCAACGGGAAGCCCCGGUGCUCGAAUCUCUGGUGCGGAUUGAAGAACUGCCUUAAUCGGAACGUGUCCGGUAAUGCCUGCGAAAGUCAUCAGGUUUGUGUCCCGGCUGCUCAGGAAAGCUGCCUUUCGCCACCGUGUACUCCCCGGGGUGAUUGCCGAACCUUUGAACCCUCUCGGAGGGUGGCGCCGCCUAGAAUUCCAGCUCCCAUCGACUGUUGGCCCAAUCAGGCUACUCUGGGUUCUCAAUGUGCUCGAAUUUCAAUCCUGCUGGAACUGAACCGGCUUUCGCGGGGAACUUCGGUGGACGGAAUGUGCCACGUGCUGCGACUUCAGCUGGGCGAAAAGCUGAUCAAAAGUCCUACCUUCGAUGUGACGGUGUUCAUCGUUCUAAUGUGUGAUCUCAAAGCCGGUACUAACGACACGGUUGAAGUGACUCUGUCCACACCCACCGACAGUAACGGAUCGGUUUCCCUGACGGAAGCAGUUCGGUUGCUGGCCGAAAUCCUUUCCCGUCAGCAAGGUGUCCAGAACGAUUCCUUCCAGAUGGAUCUCGUGGAGGCCGCUCCUCUAACGUCGAUCCUAGAGGUCAAGGUAGAAACCGCGCUCAUCAACGAGUCCACCAGCGGUUCAAACUAUCUGAUAGCGAUCGGGUUCGGGAUCGCCAUCGUAGCGCUCUGCGUAGGUGCCUUCGUAGCUCUGGUGUGGCGUCAAAAGCUGCAAAGUCACAGUGGUUCCGGAGUGAAUCUGACCCCACAUCUGGACCUCUCCCGAGGUCACGAGGAGGAAAAGAGCAACAAUCUUCAGAACGAGGAAAACUUCCGACGCUACGCCAAUCCCCUCAAAGGGAGCCUAAGUUCGCUUCGCGGGGCCAUGGAACUUAGCCUGAAUCCGGCGCCAGAAAUCAAUCAAAUUGCUGGCCCCAGCACCCUGCAUCGAUCUCAGCAACUGUAUCCGAGCAGCUGCGGUCCGGAUCCGACCGAGUUCGAGAAGGACUCGGACAAGCAGAAGGCCGCCCACCGGAAUUCGCACAUUCUGCUGCACAAGACGCAGAAUGCCGAUGUGAUCACCAAGAACAUUGCCUGCUCGAUCGAGGCCCAGCACAAGGACUUUGGUAAGCGAAGUAUCAACGAGGUGGCGCCACCGUCCUCGUCGUCGCUGAGUGCCGGCGUCAAUAGUGGUGCUGUGACGGGGUCCAAUCUCUCCGCCCCGAGUAGUAACGUAGCUGUGCCAAAUUCACCUGCCAUUAGAAGUCCCACGCCCUCGGGGAUCACGCCCGAGUCCGACCUGCUAACGGUGCACGUGUGAAAUGGGGGUUCUUCUUCCGGAAGUGGAGAGCAAUACUAGAAAGUGAGAUUCUCAUUUUUUCAAACGCUAGAAUUUAUUAAGUUUAAUUCAAUGAACAAGUAUUUAUUUGCCUUUGCAUUAAAAGAGCGCCGAGGACAGGACGCGUCCGAUCCUGCCCACAGAGAUUCAAUCAACUGUAUUUGUAAAUAUAUGUGUUCCGCUGUAAAGAAACGUGUUCGAGCGAGCUAUCAUCCCGUGAUGUCGUGUGAGUGUGAGUUAAAAAGUUGUAUCUUCGAACUUGAAGUAAGUUCUUAACGUAGCGCAAAGACAUUCUCGUUGCAAGCGAGAAUUGCCGUCAAACUCCGUACUUUUGCCCCGUUGUUGGUUAGUUUUAGUUCUCUUUUCUUUGGUGGUUUUUAGUCUGAACGAAAAAAAGUUUACUUACAGAAGGCGUCUUUUUUUUUAACUUGGUUCGACACAAAUCAACAAAAUCGACACAAUUUUUUUAAAUUUUCGACGUUGUUUCUAGCACGGGUUGAUUUUAAUUUUUUACCUGAAAGCUGGUAGGCCAUGACCUACUACGAUUAUUUUUCUAUUUACUUUGACUUAUCAAGCACUAAAAAAAUCAACUAGAAAUUUUUCAAAACAAUUAUGUUAUAGAAUCUUUUAAAACGUGCAAUUUCGGAAUCUUUCAAUCUCAGAAAAAAAAUCAUCAAAAACCAAGAAAAAUAACCAACACAAGGGUCUCGUGUGUAAAUUGUGUCACUUUUGUUCCGCGCCUGCUAGCAAAGUGGCUACAGUUUAUCAAUGUAAUGUGAUAUUAAAUAAGGAGAAUAUAAAUAAAUAUGCAUACUUUUAGGCAAACAACGAAGGACGCGAUAAAAAAAACGUAUAAUGAACAUUUAGCGCUAUUUUUUUUACCAGACGAAGCCACUUGCAGCUAGAAGUGGUGGAAAACAACAUUCCAUGAAAAUACUGAAAAACAAAACUCAUACAAACGGAAGUCAAGGCCAUUGUUUUUAAAUGUGAACAAACGAAAUCUUCCAGUGAUUCAGUUAAGCGAUAAUUUGUACGUACAUAAAUAAAAAAAACAAAACAAACUAAUCUAGCGUAGGACUUUUAGUUAAAAGAUUAUAGGAAUCCAAUUUGUUUCUCAUUUAGAUAAUCGUUUUAUCUAGGUUGUACUGUAUAGAGAGAAGUGAACACUGCAUAAAAAUAGUUCCUUGUUUUAAAUAGUUUUUUAUUAUUAUUUAAAAAGAGCUUGAUUUUAUUUUACACAUCGAAAAAUAACUAAGCUAAAAGAUUGAAAUCUUCAAUUUCAUCCCAUUAAAAAGGAAAAUUAUGUAAAAAAAUUUACGAAAUAACAAGCAACGAUUAACGGAACAUCGAAGCGCAUUGUAGAUAACUCAAAAAAUCAUUAAAAUAGCCUUACCGUGUAAAAAAAACCGAAUCGCACAGCAAGCGGUUUCCAAACAAAAAAAACAAAUAGCUGAAAAAGGCAAACGGUUUUUCGUAACACUUUCUCAAACGGGAGAUUUGUUACAAACUAUGAGAAACUGAAACCCUGAGCUACUAUUAAACAUUUAAAAUUUUCUGUAAAUAGUGAACAAACACAAAUCUAUUGUAAUAUUUAACAUGCCAGCGAACUCUUAUUACAGCCUAACGUAAGAUCUAUAUUUACCUUAGGUCGUUUGCCAAUAACAGUCGGGAAACAAGUGUUGGGAGGUUUUUAUUCGAUCAUACUUAGCCCUCGAAAAACUUAAACGAAAAAAACGACACUCUCACAGAGUAAUCUAUGUACAUGGUACUUAACGCGAGCGGUAAACAAAACACAGAAAAAAAAACAAACAAACCACAGCAAACGUCAACGUUGACAGGUUCGUUCGGGAAAGCGAAACAUCUUCUUAUAGGAAAAAAUAGAAAAAAAAACAACCCAGUGCAUAAAAAAC